ACAUGUAUGCUACAGUUCUGUGCAUGUUGAGGGGGUGUUUCUCGGACUAACACUCCCACGGGGAAACAGCGAAUGACACAAAGAGCAGGGAACUAACAAACAGAAAGCAGUGACAUUCCCUUUUGAGAAGAGAGCACUGUUUGUUCUACCGCUAAGCAAAAACAUGAGAAAACUUUGGAUUCUCCUUCUUCUUUUUGCUCUGUUUAUACAUGGGACGCUUCAAAAAAAUGGGAGAAAGACAUCAAAAGCCAAGCAAAACAAAACCAAGAGAGAUUUCCCCAUGCCCAGAGUCUUUAAAGGAGUCCCUCUGACAAAGUCUCCCCUCCAAGGGACACAAGCUCCUAAUUCAACUAUCUCUCCAGCUCUGGGGUCCAUCAACGAAAUUGCUGCAGGGUACCUCAAAGGGCCCCUGAGCACCAGAGCUUUCCCCAUCAUUUAUUUGGGGCUGGUAAUCGUCGGCAUCCCAGCCAACCUCACCAUCCUGUGUUUACUCCUGACCAAAGUCAGAAAAGUGUCGUCGGCCAUCCUCUACUGCAGCCUGGCUGUCUCUGAUCUAUUCCUCCUCGUCUCCCUCCUUUUCAAGUCUCACUACCAUCUCCUUGGAAACCACUGGGUGCUCGGAGAGGCUGCCUGUCGAGCCGUUACGGCCUGUUUCUACGGUAACCUCUACUGCUCUGCCCUGACGUUGGCCUGUAUUGCCGUCAAGCGCUACAUGGCCGUGGUGCACCCGUUCAUAUACAAAACACUACCAAAGCUGAAGAGUACAGCCUUGGUCGUCCUGGCUGUGUGGGGGGUGUUUGUUGCAGCCAUCAUCCCUGAGCUCUUGGUCCAGCAGACCUUUUGGCUUCCCCAGCUGAACCGCACCUCCUGCCAUGAUGUGUUGCCUCUGGAUUACAACUCUCAUGCAGUCCUGCUGUUUUCCAACCUGAUUCUGACGGUUCUGUGCCUUCUGCUGCCGAUGGUGGUCACCUUCGUGUGCUUCAUCAAAAUCUUCAGAGCUCUUAACCAGUCACACUAUGACUGGGCCAUGUACAUCAAAUCCAGUUCGCUGGUGUUUACUAUCUUUCUAGUGUGUUUCCUUCCUGUCGGGGUUCUGCACUUCCUACAUUAUGUUUGUCUGUUUUUUAAUUUAACAGACAGUCUCUACAUAUACUUUAACACAGCAGUGUGCCUCUGCUGCAUCCAUGCUUGUCUGGACCCCUUCUUCUUUAUCCUCAUGUCCAAAUCUACUGGCAGUAAAAUGUACUUCCUAAGUUUUAAAGGUAAAAGCUUCAGCAUAUCGAUUUAAAAAAAGACUCUGUGUUUAACAAAACUAAGAAACUGUGAAACUCUCUUUUGUGGCUGGUACCCAAAGAGGAAGUACUGUGGUACAGUUUGAAGCACUGGUCUUGAACUUUACUGCUUUAAAUAUGGCACUUUUUUAUAUAAAUAAAUGUUUGCAACAGAUUGACGUAAUGGAAAGAAGCUGGAAAUAAACAUGUACAUACCCUGAUCUUCAUGAACUUAACUGAUUUGAAGUUAGAAUUAGUAAAUAAAGUAACUGAACCCAGAAGCAACAUUAAAAGAUAAUUAUUUAAUAAAUAAUAAAAAGUUACCAGAGCAAAUUGUUCCCCAAAUAAAAGUAAAUAUGACCUAAGCCAAAUUUUACUUUCAGUAAAAGUCACUUAGUUACUUUAAUGUAACCAAUAAGAAAUCCUUCUGGUCCAUUUCAUAAAAGAAAAGAUGAGAUACAGGCCUUAAGCUGUUAAUCAAUAAUCAACAGCUGCAAAAAAUACAAGGAGAAAUAAAAAUCCUGGGAACAAAAUCAACACCUUUGAACCAACGAUUGUAUAAUACGUUAAAAUAAAUGACCUGUACUUGUAUAGCACUUUAUGUUGCUUCUCUAUUUCUGAGUUAUUCAAUUACCCAUUUAAACUUUAUAGACGUUCUAAUGCUGACAUAUGUUAAGUUGUGUUUUAGAUUUUAAUUUGAGUUACAUUGCUCAUAAAUGGCAAAUUUGUGCCUGACAUUUAUGUAGAUAAAAAAA